AACUCGUUUACGCCCAAAGUAUCGGUUCAGUGAUAAUUCUCACUUAAACGUGUCGCCACGCAAACCGUCACUCCUUCUAUUUAAUUAUUCGUCAUAGCGUGACAGUGCAACCGCGAGAUUUAAGGAACAAUAAUGCCUGGAUACAGAUGGGUCAGAUGGCCAACGUCCUACGGCGAUCGUCACAUGUUGAUCUCCAUCGGUAGGGACCUGGACGGCAUGAAUCUUGUUGUAGGUCGUGCCAUGCAUCAGGGGGAUAUGCUGCCGGCGAAAGUGAAGCCGGAUCACAACGUUGCCUAUGUAUGCCACGGAGGUGGCGAACACAUGAAGCACGACUUCGAGGUAUUGAUGCCCGCCCAUUUCAACUGGAUCCGAGCGGGUCACGGUCACGUACCGGAAAACGCGGUGGAGGCCGGGAGGACCAUAAACGGAGAAAUGCUCUACGUCGGCCGUGUUUUUCACGGCGGUGUCUCCUGCGUAGGAAAGGUCCAGAGAAGUCACGGUUGUCUAUACAUUCCGUUCGACGGGAAGGAAAUACCGUACAGGGAGUACGAGGUUUUGGUACAAUGCUAAUUCUUAUUUACCAUCGUUGAGUGUGCAACGAUAUCGCGACAAAAUGCUUUCGUCCCAGGUUGACGAACAACGGAUGGUUCAUAUAAUUACUUAAUUGCCAAAAAAGUAAUUUCUCCAUACGUAUUCACUGUAAAUAAUUUUAGGAAUAAACGUAUUUUACGUUGUAUUAACAGGAGAUAAAA